UUUGCCUAGUUUUGGUUCUGUUCUCCGUGCUCAGUCACUUUGUCGCCCGGGAAUACUUCUCCCCUUCUUGCCUUCAGGCUUUAGCGACCCCACGGGGCCCGCGGAGGGCCACGUGGCGCCGGGGAAGCGGCCCCAGGCGGCACAGGGGCCGGCGCGCGCAAACUGGCAGCCGGGCGCCCUCCGCUGCUGCCCGCCCUCCCGGGGGCCACCGAGUCCUCUCUGAGCGAGCGUGGCCUCCGAGGGCAUGUGGUCCGGGCCCAACGCUUUCGAUUCUCGGAGGAGCCGGGCCCGGGGGCGGAGGGGGCCGUGCUGGAGGUCUGCGUCCCGCAGGUCCUGCAUCUUCAAUAUGGAAUGUAUGUUUGGCCCUGUGCUGUGGUCCUGGCCCAGUACCUGUGGUUUCACAGAAGAUCGCUGCCAGGCAAGGCUAUCUUAGAGGUACAGAUUGGAGCUGGAACAAGCCUACCAGGAAUUAUAGCUGCAAAAUGUGGUGCCGAGGUGAUACUGUCGGACAGUUCAGAGCUGCCUCACAGUCUAGAAAUCUGUUGGCAAAGCUGCCAGAUGAAUAAUCUGCCAAAGGUGCAUGUUGUGGGACUAACAUGGGGUCACGUAUCUCAGGACCUUCUGGCUCUUCCACCACAAGACAUCAUCCUUGCAUCUGAUGUGUUCUUUGAACCAGAAGACUUUGAAGACAUUUUAACUACAGUAUACUUUUUGAUGCAGAAGAACCCCAAGGUUCAACUGUGGUCUACUUACCAGAUAAGAAAUGCUGACUGGUCACUUGAAGCUUUGCUCUACAAGUGGGGUAUGAAAUGUGUCCACAUUCCUUUGGAAUCUUUUGAUGCAGACAAAGAAGAUAUAGCAGAGUCUGUCCUUCCAGGAAGACAUACUGUUGAAAUGCUGGUCAUUUCCUUUGCAAAGGACAGUCUCUGAAUUACACCUACAAGCCGUUUUGGAACAAUGUCAAUACUGAUUAGCAACCUGGCAUGCCAACUAGGACUCAGACCACUUCAGCGUCUUGAGAAUACAAGCAGUGGAUUUGAAGAUGGUCAGAUCUGUUUGCCUUAGUUUGUGAUGGAUCACCUAGACAAUACUCGGUGGGUUACGUAGCCAUGAAAACAAAAAUUAAAACACCUAUUAAGAAAAAGGA